CUCUGUCCUAAUAUUAAUCAAAUUAUAUGUAAAUGAGGUCUGUUCUUCGACUUGUAUUACAUUUUCUCUUUAUUAAAUGUUUCCAAACACCAAGUUUUCUCUGCUUCCACAGACAAUAAGAUAAGAUACAACCCAUCAAGUCUUUUCUGGAAGAAACUCAUCUCUCUUGCUUUCUCAGCAAUAAUAUUUGAGAAAUCAUGGGUAGAGCUCCUUGUUGUGACAAGGCGAAUGUGAAGAGAGGACCAUGGUCGCCUGAAGAAGAUGCCAAGUUAAAGGAGUAUAUAGAGAAACAUGGCACUGGAGGCAACUGGAUUGCUCUCCCACAGAAAGCUGGUUUAAAGAGAUGUGGGAAAAGUUGCAGGUUGAGAUGGCUUAACUAUCUCAGACCCAACAUCAAGCAUGGAGACUUCUCUGAUGAUGAAGAUAGGAUAAUUUACACUCUCUUUUUUAACAUUGGGAGCAGGUGGUCAAUAAUAGCAGCUCAUUUGCCUGGCAGGACAGAUAAUGAUAUCAAGAACUACUGGAACACCAAACUGAAGAAGAAGCUCAUGGGCAUGGCUAAUCAUCAAUCUCAAAGAAAAUUGCCUCAUCACCAAGCAACUUUCUCAUCUCUUCUUCAGAAACCUUCAUCACCACCUCCAUCUCCAUCACCUCAACUAUCAUCACCAUCAUCAACAAUAUCAUAUUACACCACCCAAGCUACAACUUUCACCUCUCUAGAUCAACCACAUUCAUUUUCCAACACUCUCUUGAGCAACAAUUGUUGCAUCACUACAAGCUCAAAUAUUCUCCAGGUUCCCCAAGAGAGCAAUUUGUUGAGUUCUAUUCAGCAUUUUCAAGUGAAAGAUAGUGCCUCAAUGUUUGGAAACGAUCAAGCAGCAGCCAGUUGCAGCUCCUCAGAUGCUUCCAAAGAAUUAGAGUAUGAUUACAGCGGAAGUGGAAACAGUAACACUGUUCAAAUGGGUUUCCAGGAUUGUUUUUAUAACACAAAUGGGAGUUGGAGUGAUGAGCAAAAGCCAAAUAUUAAUGGGGAUUGGGAUGAAACGCCAUUAAUGGACUAUGGACUUGAGGAGAUUAAGCAACUUAUUAGAACAAGUAGUUGUAAUAAUAGCAUUUUGUUUGAUGAAAACAAGACCGAGGAAAAAGCUAUAUGAUGAAGACGCUGACUGGGAGUAAAAUCACAAAGAUGGUUGAAUUUAGUUUUAGAUUGUAUGUAUAACUUUGGUGUUUUCAAUGGAAACAGCUUAUUUUUUCUGACGGUAAAUUAAUUAAGGGUUAAAAAAAAAAAAGUGUUUCAUUUGUGCAUCA